GCACGGACUCCACGCCCAGUAAAUACCACCAACGCUGCUUGAAAAUGAGGGAACCCAUCGUGUGAUGAUGUCGUACUCAACAGCCUCCUAUGACCAGCUGGUGCGUCAGGUGGAGGAUCUCCGGAAGGAGAACUCUCAUCUGCGACGUGAGCUUCAGGACAACUCACACCACCUGUCCAAGCUGGAGAAUGAGACCUCUGAUAUGAAGGAUGUUCUGAGGCAGCUGCAAAGCAAACUGGAGCAGGAGGCUGGAACUCUUGCCUCUUCAGGCAGAACGGAUGUGUUGGACCAGCUAAAAGAGCUGCAUAUGGACUUAACCAACUACUAUGAGCUCAAGUACCAGCCUCACAACCUGCGUGCAUUUCCAGAGACUAUGGCUAGCCAGGUAGUGGAAGGCGAUGAGAGACUCAGCGUCGGAAGAUCCCGGAGUCCUGUCUGCCUGCCAUCCCUUCAGACCUCAUCUGCAUCUGGAGAGGGCACAGCUUUACACCCAGGACACCCUCAUCAGGGCAUUGGCGAAGUCCGCGUGACUGCCCAACACUUAGAAGAUCUCUGUAAAGAAAGGACCAUGUUGCUGAGAGAAAUAGAGAAAGAAGAGAGUGAGCAGAGAUGGUAUUACUCACAACUACAGGGCUUGUCUCAGAGACUGGCUGAACUGCCGCAGCUUGAUAUGUUCUCUAUGCAGGUGGAUUUUAUUCGUCAGCAGCUAGAGUUUGAAGGCCAACAACUACGUUCCGUGAUGGAGGAACGUUUUGGCACAAGCGAUGAGAUGGUUCAGAGAACACAAAUCCGUGCUGCUCGGUUGGAGCAGCUGGAGAAAGAGUUACAGGAGGUUCAGAGCUCUCGUGGUCCUCAGGACAAAAGCGCUCUACCAGAGACUCAGAGUGCUGAGUGCCUCUCAAAAGCAUCUGUUCCUGACAUGGAAUCGGGAAAUGCUGGUACUUUGGAGGCCCCUGGAGAGGCAGGGAGCAAAGUAGAGAUGGUGUUUUGGCUGCUCUCUAUGCUAGCCUCUAGAGAUCGGGAGGAAAUGUCCAGGACACUGCUGGCAAUGUCAAGCUCACAGGAGAGCUCCAUCGCUAUGCGCAAAUCUGGUUGUGUCCCGUUGCUUGUACAAAUACUGCAUGAGGGUGGAAGAGGGGAGGCAGCUGGGACAGGAGGCUACAGUCGAGAAGCCCGUUCCAGAGCCAGUGCUGCCCUGCACAACAUUGUGUACUCGCAGCCAGAUGAGGGCCAGGCCCGGCGUGAGAUGAGGAUUCUGCACGUGCUGGAGCAGAUCCGCUCCCACUGUGAGAAUGGCUGGGACUGGAUCGAGAACCAUUUAGGAACCCCCUCACCUGGUGGGACCAAGACCACAGAAAUCCCUGAGCAAGUGGAUCCCCAGAUUUGCCAGGCCUUGUGUGCAAUAAUGAAGUUAUCUUUUGAGGAAGAGUACCGUAGGGCAAUGAAUGAACUAGGGGGUCUGCAAGCCAUUGCAGAGCUAAUUCAGCUGGACCAAGAACUUUAUGGUAUGCAGAAUGAGCCAAUCAAUAUGGCCCUGAGGCGGUAUGCUGGAAUGGCGCUCACUAAUCUUACAUAUGGGGAUGUUGUAAAUAAGGCGACUUUUUGCUCAAAGAAAAGCUGCCUUCAAGCCAUUGUUGCACAGCUUGCAUCUGAUAGUGAGGAGUUACAGCAGGUGGUGUCAAGUAUACUGAGAAAUUUGUCAUGGCGUGCUGACAUCAACAGCAAGAGGGCUUUAAGAGAUGUUGGCAGUGUGUCAGCACUUAUGAGCUGUGGUCUGCAGGCUACAAAGGAAUCCACCUUAAAAAGUGUGUUAAGUGCGCUAUGGAAUUUGUCAGCACACAGCACUGAGAAUAAGGUGGCAAUUUGCUCUGUCGAUGGUGCUCUUGGCUUUUUGGUUAGCACUUUGACUUACCGAUGUCAAACCAACUCACUGGCCAUUAUUGAGAGUGGUGGAGGCAUCCUGCGCAAUGUAUCCAGCCUUAUUGCUACCCGAGAUGAUUACAGGAAAAUCCUCAGGGAUUAUAACUGCCUACAGACUCUGCUGCAGCACUUGCGAUCUCACAGUCUUACCAUUGUGAGUAAUGCAUGUGGAACCCUCUGGAACCUGUCUGCUCGAAAUCCAAAAGACCAAGAAUUACUGUGGGAUCUGGGAGCUGUGAGCAUGCUGCGCAAUCUGAUCCACUCAAAGCACAAAAUGAUAGCAAUGGGAAGUGCUGCAGCUCUGCGAAACCUCCUCACAAAUCGUCCCCUCAAAUAUAAGGAUACUGCUGUUAUAUCCCCAGGAUCCUGUAUGCCAUCACUUUACAUGAGGAAGCAGAAAGCGUUAGAGGCUGAGUUAGAUGCAAAGCACCUGGCCGAAACAUUUGAUUCAAUCGAGAAGCAAAGUUUCAAACAUCAGAGUAUUAAUAAGCCACUGAGGCACAUUGAGAGUCUAGCAAAGGACUAUGCUUCAGAUUCUGGUUGUUUUGAUGAUGAUGAGGCCCCUAAUGUGUCAAGCAGCUUAGACACAGGUUCCUUCUCCAUGCUUUCUAUGUUCUUGAACAAUUCUAACUUCCUUAAUACUCAGCCUCGAAAACGAGAGGUGGAGCCUGAACAAGACAUUGAACCCAUGCAAACCAACAAUAAAAGGACACAACCCCCUGAUGAUGAAGUGACUGAAGCAGCUGAGAAAUUAGCCAAGAAGAUCACCAACACAGUGGCUAAAAUUGACAAACUGGUGGAAGACAUUACCAUGAAUACAUCCUCCGAGGACAGUUUCAGCCUCAGCUCAGAAGAUCAUUUUGUAGAUUGGAAUUAUGGACCAGAUGAGCUUCAUGAGGCAAGAGCCAUUUCAUGCUCCCCUUGCCAUCUUUCUGAUAACAGCUCUUUUUCACCUAAAGAGCAUCUCAGCAGAGCACAUGCUUUCUUGCAUCUUAAAACAACCAACUCAAGUUUAUCCAAUGAUAGCCUUAACAGUGGCAGCACAAGUAAUGGGUAUUGUGGCAGUCAGGAUCAGAUUCAUUCUUCUGCAAGGCCAACAGAACAAAUACGCCCAAAUAAACUUGACCUUAAGGUAGCUCAUAAGGAACCGUUGAACAGUCUUGUGCAUAUUUCAAGAGUCCUGUAUGAAAAUGAGAUCCCUGAGAGAGAUUUUGAGACAAACAAAGAUGCUACUUUGCUUGAUUCAGGUUCCACAGAUACAGAGAAGAGCCAAGAACCUCUUAUAGCAACACCAGCAACUGUAUCAACCAGUGCUAGUAUACCAACUAUCAAGCUCUCUCCCUCGUAUCAGCAUGUCCCACUGAUCCAGAGUGUUGCCAAAUUUGGUGUUGCAAAGACUAACAUUAAUGUUCAGGCUGCACAAGCAAUGCACAGACAGGCUUGGGUUCCAACUGUGAUGACUGGCGGAAGUAUUAACAAAUUUUCCCCAAUAUGCUCUGCAAGAAGCCCCAUAAUAGGACAACUGGAGACACCACAGAAGUAUUCUGUAGAGAACACUCCAAUCUGCUUCUCUCGCUGCAGUUCUCUGUCCUCUUUGUCCUCUGGGGAUGGAGUCCUUGAUGGGCAGAGUCAAACUGAAAAUGAGCUAGAGAGUGACUCCUCAUUAGAGAUCAUAGAGGUGGAAGAUGUUGAGAGAAAAGAGGAAGAGGAUGAGACACUUUAUGAGUUAAGUGACAGCCAGUUAUUAGUAACUGAUCAGAAAAUCUGUCCAACCAGUAGUAACAACUCUGAUCCAACUGAGAUCCCUGGUACACUUAAAAAUGAGAAGAGGUUAUUUAGAGGAGUAUCUCCAGUAAUUCUUGAGGAUAGGACACCAUCCAGCUCUUCAGAAAAUUACAUUCAUGAAACACCACUUGUAAUGAGCAGGUGUAGUUCGGUAAGCUCACUCGGAAGCUUUGAAUCCCCUUCAAUUGCCAGUUCUAUUCAGAGUGAUCCAUGCAGUGAAAUGAUAAGUGGAACUGUUAGCCCCAGUGACCUGCCAGACAGCCCAGGACAAACCAUGCCUCCAAGUCGCAGCAAAACUCCAUGCUGUGCAGAAUCAAUUGGGCCUGAAACACAGACUCUAAGCGGAAGUCAGUGGGAAAAUAGCUUGCGCAAGUUUAUGGAAAUUGCAGACUUCAAAGAAAGGUUUAACCUACCUGCAGAUUUGGACACAAUGAUCUAUUUCACUGUGGAAAAACCAACUGAGAAUUUCUCAUGUGCCUCUAGUCUGAGUGCUCUUCCCCUGCAUGAGCACUAUGUCCAGAAAGAUGUGGAGCUUAAACUUACUUCUUUACUAAACAAACAAGACAAUGAUCCAGAUGAUUCUGGAAAGGAAGAAGAUAUAGAUGACCAAGACCAAUACAGUGAAGGCAACUCUGAUGAUGACAUUGAAAUUCUCAAAGAGUGCAUUAAUUCUGCCAUGCCUUCCAGGUUUAAAAAGGUAAGGCCCGCUGUGUUGCCCACCAUAUCAAACCAAGUUAUCAACAUGCAGGCUCGAAAAUCUGUGCAAUUACCAGUGUAUAUGGUGCUUCAGAAUAAAAACAAUCCAAGACAAAAACUUGGAAUGUCUGCUAAAGAGAUCUGUCAUGAUGAUUCCUCCUACACUGACUCUGCUGAAGGUACCCCUAUUAAUUUCUCAAGCACCACUUCCUUAAGUGAUGAAACUCUACAAUAUCCUGUGAGGGCUAAAGGAGUAAAUGAUUGGAGGUUAAGAAACAAAGAAACACAGGAGCUUGUUAAUAUUGAGGCAAAGAGAAUUGAAGACCUACGCAUGUUCUCUCGCUUCCACAAACCAAAUAAAUUGGCAUGUCAGUCUCACAUAGUCACAAACCAUUUGAACAAAACAAUCAGAAAUAUGGUGCCAACUCAAAGAUUACUCAUACAGAAUAAGGAGAUGGCAGCAAAAAUGACCCAGCAAAGGAUUCAAAGCCAGUCUCCAGUUCGACAAAUUCAAAAGCAAGGACAAAAUAUGUCAAAAAGCAUGCCACAGUUAGAUAUUCCCAUAAUAAAACAAAGCACAGAUGUGUACCAAAAUCAGAAAUCCUCCUUUCAAUCUAGGCAUCACCUAACACCUACAGAAUUGUCAAUUUUCCAUAGUAAAAUAGACAGACAAAAUGGACAGAUGAAUGGGACUGGACGGAAACAAAUACGCAAUGCUAAUAUACAAGAUCAAGUCAAUAAUUACCAGUCCCACCAAAAAGGCUUUCACAGAAUUAAGCAAAAUCUCAUUCUAGAAGAAGCACCUCCAUGUUACUCUUUGAGUUCAUCCCUUAGCUCUUUGAGUGAUGAAGAUUUUGAGGAGCAUUAUGAAAAAACUCAGCAUACAUGGAUGAGGAACAGACAAAAUGUAACAUCGAACCAUGGUCAGUGCCCUCCAAAAUCACAGCAAGACCAAAACCAGUUUGAAGUGAACAGUUCGCCAAGCUCAGUCAGCAUGGAUUCAGAAGAUGAUCUUUUGCUAAAAUGCAUAACAUCUGCUAUGCCCCAACAUAAGAAAAAGCAGGCUGCCAGAAAAAAGAAAGCUGACAAAACGCACAAACAAAAAGCUUCUCUUCUGAAAGCAACUGAGGAAUGGAGCCCUAAAAAUGACCUAGACAGUGAUGAAUUGGUAUCAGACAAAGACUCUGAUCUCAAUAGUGUUGAAUGGAGAGCAAUACAAGAAGGAGCAAAUACAAUCAUUACAAAGUUACAAGCUUCAAAGUCCCAGGAACCAUCAUCAGAGUCUGAGUCGGUUCUGUCUUUUAUGUCUGGAUCAAGCUUUACUCCAAAAGAGAAGAAGGUAUUCAAAGAUGACAAAAAGGCUAAUAAGCCACUUGAUUUUGCACCUCGUAAGCCAGUUCCAAACUUGCCUGUGGUCUUCAGGGGUAGAACAGUUACAUACACGCCCAAGAAGGAGACAACCCUCUCUCAAAGACCACCACCCCAAAAAGUGAUACCUAAAGCAGAUGCCCCCAAAAAUCCAAAUCUAGCUCAGCACAGGUCAAGAAGCCUUCACAGAUUGAGCAAUCCCAUUGCUCAGUUGUCUUUGCCCAAAAGAAGCUCAACUCCUCCUGCCCGGAUCCCAAAGAGUUCAUCAUCAGGAUCAUCUCAAAGCUCAACUCCUUCCAGGCAUCCUCAGAAAAAAGUAACAUCCCCAACACAAACUAUUAAACAAGCUCAGGAGAAAGUGGCAUCAGCACCAAGCUGUCCACAAUACAAAAUGGGAAGCACUCCAAACCCCAAUCAAAACUCAAAAUCUCCUAUAGACAAGAAAACUCAGAAAUCCCCUGUCAGAAUACCUUUCAUGCAGAAUACAUUGAGACAAACAAGAGUAAUUUCACCUUUGAUAGCCAGCCAGCCCUCUAUCAUCAGCAGACAAAAUACCCAGAUGUCAGGGAGAAGAAUCCUACCCGCAAACCGGUUUGAUUUGGCUCGCUUGACAUCUACUCAUUCAAGUAGUGGUGAAUCAGACCAGAAUGGCUUGCUUAGACAACUUACAUUCAUCAAAGAAUCGUCAAAAGUCCCAAGACGCAAUGCUCCUUGUUCACGUUCUGUUCCUACAUCGCAGCACGUCUCACCCCGAAGAACAGGCCCAGGCGCCCAAGCAGUUUUCUUAUGUUCCUCUCGAUGCCAAGAGCUGAAGGAAGCAGUUCAAGGUCCAAGAAGAAUGCCUGUCACUCAAGAACAAAUACAAGUGCAAGAACAGGGGGUUCAUAGACAGGGCAUGGCUCUAUCAAGAGCUACCUCCAUUGACAGGGAUGUCACAGGGAUGAAGCGUCCGGCUAGACGAACAAGCUCAGAAAGUCCUUGCAGGGCAUUACAGAGCAAUACACCUGUGCCAAAGCAAAAAGUAAAGAGGGGUGAUACCUUUAAAAGAUACUCUUCCUCACCAAGUAUAAAUAUCUUAAGUCGAGUCACCAGCCACUCCUCUCUACGCUCUUCAUCCUCUGACUCAAGUGGACAAGCAAAAAGUGAAAGGACCACAAACCAGAGGCAGCAGAGAGCCGGACUGCAAAACGCUGAUAAAGUGACCUGGAAAAGAAUUCGCGAUGAGGACGUUCCCCAGAUAUUAAAGAGCACUCUACCACCCACUGCACUGCCUCUGCUGCCUUCACCCGAGGGCGUCAAACAGAUGCCAACACCACUACCAGUAAAACUGCCAACUAUUACUCUUGCAUCACGGAAAACAAGUGAUGCAACUGUUCAAACUGAGGACUUCUCAGUCAACAAAAUAAACUCAAGCACCUCCCCCACAGUUGAAAAUGGUCUUGGCAUUACAGAAGAGGUCCCAAAAAUGGCCCUUCCUAGAAAAAUAAACAUGGCCUUUGGGAAUAACAUACAAGAUGGGUAUUCAGAUGGAUCCCUCAAAAACUAUAGCACAGCAUCGACCUCCACCAUUCAGUCAGUGGAAAGUACCCAUAGUGGAGGUAUUGGCCAUUUCCGCCAGAGCUCUCCUAGUAAAGCUGUCAGAGUUACUCCCUUCAACUACAUCCCCAGUCCCAUGGUCUGCUGUUCUCUACAGAUCCAGGAUCAAGCACCAACAAUGUCUAAGUCAGUUGAAAAACACGAAGCAUAAAAAACCUGUGAUCUGUCCACAUUUCCAGGCUUGAUUAUGUACUAUGCUUCUGAUGCUGUAAAAACUCAGGUGGUAAUGGACAUGAUUCUCUUUACCUCAAUAUUUAAUCAGUUUUGUGCUUGCCUAUUCAUCAGUAGUUUAACUUAACUGGGGGGAAAACAACAAUUUGGAUGUAGACAAUUGCCCAUGUACAUGUUGUGAAACUGGACACCACACUUUUUUAUUUUUUUGUACAGUUGAAUACACAGGAGAAAGAAUGUCUCGGAGUGUCUCAUCUAUUGUUAAAAAAAUGCCCCACAUUUAACACAAUAUGCAAACCAUUUUCUGAAAACAAUUGUGAUUCAUUCUUUAAAAGACUACAGUAUGUGCCACCUACAAACCGGAAAAGACUGUUGUACUCUCACAAGAGAACCAUGUAUGCACAUGCCUUUAUGCCAUACUGACAGGUUAGAACAGCCUAUUGCCUUCACUUAUUGUAUUACUACAGGUAUAUAGUUACAGUUAGUAAAAUCUGCACAAAAUGUCUAUGUAAUCAUCAUGGAUAUUUAGUGAUACUGUUGUAAAUACUGUUGAUUUAAAACUGUUGUCUAAUGCUUCCCAGAAGGCAAAAUGUAAUCCUGCUAUUGCUACAAAAAGCAUGCUACAUACUCACUUACCCACUGUAACAUGUGAUGUUGACUUUGCUGUUUUUUCCAUUGAAAAUGACAGACUGUGAGGACAACCAUGCAUCUCUACCCAACAUAUUUGCAGUUCUGAAUAUAAGAUUGUUGUAAUUGUCGAGUAUUCAGCAAAUGUAUGUAAUACAAUAACAGUAAGUGGCUGUGUAUAUUUCUGCUUUCUAAAUGCUUUCAUAAUGUAAUAUUGUGUAGAGUCGCAUUAUGCUUUAAGUAUUUAAAAGCGAGCUGUUCAGUAGCAACUCAAUGGAUUGAGACAAAUGGAACUAAUUGUCAUUUAAGCACUGAACAGACUGCUGUAGAAAGUUAAAAUGGCUUCCAUUCCAACCAAAGCCCACUGGCAAAACUGCAGCUACACAAAUAUUGUAGACAUGUUAUGAUGAUCAAUGUAGUUUCAAUUAUGGCUUAACAAUUAGCCUGCACAAAAAGUGUUUUUGUCAUUUGGUGUAUUUGAGUUAAGUUUUAACUAAUAUAGCUGCUUAACUGAAUUUGUCUCUUUUAAUCAGAAAACAUGCAUUCUCUAAUAUUUGUCUUUGGAAAUUCUGAUAAAGUGAACUACAUUUCAGGUGUGUUUUCUAAUACCAACUGUUGUUCAAAAAUAAAAGACUUAAUGUCUGAUUAUAAGAGAUACUGAAAAUGACCAGUAACAGCGGUAAGUGUAAUGCUGUUCCUUUACAGCGUUGGUGUGGAAAAAGCAAUAUGAUGCAAUGACUUGCUAUAAACAAUUAUAUCAAAAUUAUUAUAAACCUCUACAAAUCAUUUUGAUUUAAUUGCUGAGCUCAAUUUGAUCUUCUGGGGGGGUGGUCAAAUCUGUUUUGUGCAAAUUUGAAACGUCUAGUUGUCAAAGCAUGAAUUGGAUUCAAAAUGCAGUGUAGACUAACAGUUAAACAGCUGUGGCCAAGGGUUAGAGGUCCUCAAAUAAACAUUCU